GCCUUUGUGACCUUUGUGCAGUCGUCGAUGAUCUAGCAAUCUGGCAACAUUGUCCGGCAAUUAAAAAAAGGUUUGUUUUGACUACUUCUGUUUACACAUGUUUGGAGUCAAUUAAUUUAUUAUCCAAUGAAAAACUUUUAUUUGAUAAAGACGAGACUAUGAGACUUUUUAUGCACAAUCUACUUGAUAUCGCCAAUAAACAACUCAAUAAAUUUCAUGUUGCACAGUACAUUCGAAAAAUGUUGACAAGAGCACAGGAAUUAAAUUGUGCACUCGUUAGCCAUUCUGGUGCCGACAAGAAGAUUAACAUCCUAGAAAGUUUCGUUUACUUUCUGCUUGUCAAUGAACUUACAACCGAGAAAUUUUUAUCAAACGUGCAGAGAAGUUAUGAGAUAAGCAAGGAAUAA